AAUAAAAUGGCGUCAAGUGAACAGUGUCCGAAUGAGUGCUCCAACAAAAAUGCAAACUUUGCAUUUUCCUGCUGUAAGAAAAAAUCUGCUCACGGCUAUCAUGUAUGUAUAACAUGUUCCGGGGUAUUUCAUACUAGUUGUUCGCAGAGAACUAGAUUCGUUACCUACUUAGACGGUUUUAAAAUAAUCUGCAAGAGCUGUAACAUCAGUGAAAAUAAUGACCCAAUUUCGGACCCUAAUAAGUAUGAAAUUGAGAAGUAUGUUACUAAAAUAGAUGAACUAAAAAGUGAACUCAUAAUGAAAAACGAUAUAAUUGAAAAAAUGACUCAAAAACAUAAGAUGUUUUACGAAGAAGCAAUUGACAUGGAAAACGACCUACUAAAUAAGGUGGAGCUACUGCGGAACAAUAAUCGUGAACUUGAAGUCCAAAUAAAAAACCUCCGAGAUAAGAAAACAACAGAUAAGGCCACACCAGUUUUUGCUGAUGUCCAUUCCCAGACGGAGCAAGAAAAUCACAAAAUGAAAAAAAAAUCUGAAUUAGACAUGAUUAAUACAUCAACUCAAACAAUCAAACUGACUAGUGUAGAUAAAGCUACUUCGAUUCUUGUUGAUAUCCAUUCCCUGUCGGAAAUAGGGAAUUCUGAAACAAAAAACGUAACUAAAAUGAACAUGAAUAAUACUACAACACAAAUCAUUAAACUGAAUGCAUUGUUGCCAGUUAUAAAUAUAUCCACAGAAACUAUGGAAUCUACAACUGAAGAGCUUAAAGAAUCUGGGAACCAAUCGAAGCUAGAAUGCACAGUAAAAGCACAAGAUACGCAACAAAAUGAUACAUUGGGGGUGGAGAACUCGAAUUAUGAAGAUAGAAAUUCAAGUAGUCUAUUUGAAGAAAUGGAA